AUGGUUUUAGAGAUGAAUGAGGACGACGAUUUUGGCGAUUUAUAUACCGAUAUCAAGGCGAAAGCCAGCCCAGAAGUGACUAAAUUGCUUCCGGUAGAAGGAGACGAAGAAGAAGAAAAUUUGGAUAUUAUCGAGGCGAAUGAAUGUGAGAACGGAAAUGUGAGUGAAAAUGGGGAUUCAAGUCAGAGCGAGAGCGAGGAUGAAUUGAAGAUUGUGGUGAAUGAUGACGACGUUGAUGAUGAUCACAGAGAAGAAAAAUGCGUUUCUGAUAGUUAUAAUAAUAGUAAGGUUAAUUCGGAGAGGGUGGGAUUUGAUGAUGGGGAAAUGGAGGAGGAUGAUGACAGAGGAGGAGGAAGAGGUGGCUGCAAUGGCGGCGGCGGCGUUGCUCAUUUUAAGCUCAUGAGGUCUAAAUCUCGCCCAGGGAUGUUUUCAAACAACAUGAAAAGCUUUGCAUCUGCAGGAGUUGCUUCUUACUCCUCUACUAUGGUUGGUGAUAACUGGGAGGAGAAAAGUUGCGGUCCUGAUUUUAGGACAUGCUCAAUUGGAGACCAACGCAGACUGAAUAUUUCAUUGCCUCGCUCUAGUACUAUUUUAGAUGUCGACAUUGAUGUAUUGGAGUGGAAGCCUUGGAGACAUCCUGGGGCAGACAUAACAGACUUUUUCAAUUUUGGUCUGGAUGAAGAUAGCUGGAAAAGCUAUUGCAAGCGAUUGGAUGAGUUGCGGGGGAAAAGAGGAGCUAAUGCCAAUUUUUACCGAGCUGACAAACCUUUGGGACAUAAUAAGAAAACCUUGGCGGAGGGUGCAACUGAAAUUGAUGCUUCAUCCAGACUUAAAAUAGCACAUCCUCCUCAUGAAAAAUCUCCUACAACGUGGCAGGCAGAGAAGCCAAAGGGAAAAGCUAUUCAGGUUGAAGAAGGCAUUGGCGAACGCCAACCAUCUACUGAUGUUUGGCAUCCUGUUGUGCGGGACUUUGAUUUUAUCAAUAUCAUACAGAUACCUGUGCAGGAUACUGAUGAAGACUUUCCAAACUCUGCCAAGGGGGCAGUUGAUAAAGUUGCCUUUGCUCAAGAAGCAUCAGAUGUUAAAGAAUCUGGAGAUAUUCCAGCAGAUGAUGGAGGAGAUAUGAUUUGUUUAUGUGAGUCAAGAGUGGAUGGGUUACCCACUUUGGAAGUAUCCUCUGACGACACACCAAAUUAUUCUCUUGCAAGGUGCACAAAACAAAUAUCCCCACUUAAUCCUGCAUGUAUGGAGUCACAUCUUUGUGGUCAGGCUUCUGAAGCAGAUAAGCUCUGUGUAGAAGAGACGUUGGGAAGUGAUUCAGACUGUAGUUCUGUACCAACUAGAUCAUCCGAUUAUCUAAAAGAAAGCGUUAGCGACGUCGGACCGUUUACUGCAUCUUGUAGAAAGGAUCUAGAAUCACCCUAUUCUGAACAGAGUCUUCGGAGCCCUGGUUUGUCACCUUGUCAGGGUGACAAUGUAGCAUCCAGAUAUGGUGCUUAUAUUGAGCAGGCAGGUAAAUUUAAAAGCCAUACGAAGAGAGAAUCACGGAACUCAGAAUCAGAGGUGAGGGAGACGGGGACAUAUGGUUAUCAUUCAUUAAAUGAAUCUGGAAGAAGCCAUGCUCUUAAAGUGAAACCUAGUGAUUAUAGAGGCCAAAGUCCUGUCCUAAGAAACAAUAAAAUUUACCAGAAAAAAUCGAGUAGAAAGGCCGAAUUCAUGAGCUACUCUGAUAAUCGGGACUCUUUGUAUGCCUCUGACCCUGAGAGGUUCCAUGUUCAUCCAACAAGUGGAUACUGCAAUUGGAGGAAGAAACAUAAAGGUUUCGGUUACUCUGAAAGGGAAAGUUUUUUAUGUUACAAGGGGUCAGAACAACCAUCAUAUUGUAGAGGGGAAAAGUUUUGUGAUUAUCAGCUUAAUGAUGAUUUUGGCAGAAAUUCUCAUUACAGAGCUUCUCCAAAUACUGGAUAUGACAGAGACCUACGUCAUAGACAAAAUUUUCCUGGAAAGAGAAUACAAAGGUCAACUAAUGACGUGUUGGAGAAGAUGAUAAACCAGUUUGAAAGUAGACCAUCUGUUGAGAUGACGGAUUCGCUCUGUUAUGAUGGCUCAGGGCAGUUCAUUGCUGAGGAGUUACCAUUACCAGAAAGUAGAAACCUCAACAGAAGGAAAUGGAUUCAUGAGGAACUGCCUUUUAAGAGGCGGAAAAGGAAUAACUUCGUGCCUGAACGUAUUUAUAGCUAUGAAUUCACUCGAGAAAACUAUAGAUGUAUCGAGAGUGGCAAAAGGGAAACAGAUGUUAUUGAACUUGAAUAUGAUAGACCAUUAUCAUAUACUCGAAGAGAAGUUGAAACUUCUAUAAGAAUCCAAAGGAAAUUUGAGAACCCCCUUGAUGUCUACGGCACUGUUAGGCACAGAGAUUAUGAGAACAAGACAUUCAGAGACAUAGAAAACGAGUUCCCUUUCUCAUCUUGGAGAAAAUAUUGCACUAAUGGCAGGCGGAGUGGUCGGAAUGAUGUAGUUGAAACACAAGGUAUCAGAAUGAGAGAGAACUUUUGUGAGAGGUACCAUGAAAGGAAAUUUGGUGGCUGGUCUGAUGUUCUUCAUAAUGAUGAUAUUAUAGAAAAUCUUCAUGAUGAGGAUGAUUUUAGCAGAAGAAGACCGCAUUUUGAAUCUGAAGUAUUGCCAUGGGGACAAGAAAAAUACCGACCUUGUCAUGCAGACAUUGAUCUUCCUGCUGAUGAGCGGACAUGGAAUCCUUUAACAAAAAAUUUAAGGAGUAAAAGAUCUGAUGCCAGAUAUGACAAAGGAUCAAAGCUUAUUGUGUAUGAGUCUGAACAUAAUAUGUGUAAGCAGUUAAGAAAACGCAGUUAUGGUAGUCAAUAUCCUCGAAAUUCAUAUUCGAGUCCUAGAGAUAUUGUUAGACGAGGCUUCCAAGGUAGCUGGAACUCUACUGACAAACACAUGGUUGUUUGGAACAGAAAGUCCACCAGGUACUUUGGAGGUAAUGCUAGGCAUGACAAUAGCUUGAACUGGAAUGAUCAUUCGGGUCAGAGAAAUUUUGAGGAUUCAGAUGAUUACCAAUCAGGGAUCAUAGUUGGUGAAAAUCACAGAAAUAACAAUUCGGGGGAUUUAAGUCGGGUCGACAAGUAUACUGAUACCACAAGGCACCAUUGUCCUGACGUUGAAGGAGGUCAUAUCAUAGCCAAGAAAGAGACGUGCACAUCAAAAGAUACUUCAGGCAUUGCAGGCUCAGAGAAUCUUUCGAGUAACAAACCCAGGAUACAGGAAAUGAUGGACAAAAUGGAAAAGCGGCGAGAGAGGUUCAAGCAAUCUUUAGGGGUUGCAUCAUCAGAGAAGAAUGACAAGCCUGACGCAGCUGACAAAGUCACGGAAACUGCUGAAAAAACACCCCAGAAAAAUAAGAAGUUGGAUUAUGAUGAUAAUAAUGAUGUUGAUGAUGAGGGACAAGUUGAUAAUGAUGAUGAUUUUCAGAUUAGUGAAAAGAAAAUCAGGACUGCGAAGAAAUCCCUGGAGGAAUUGCUUGUUGUUCGUAGGCCAGUGAUGGAGUUCUACAAGGAGGAACGAGAAGAUGGACAAGAAGAGGAAGAGGAAAAGGAAGAAGCAAAUAGAGGAGAUUCUGAAAGUGAUAUUAUUGAGGAGGAGGAAAAACCAUCUUCUUCUUCUUCAUUUGAUGACAAUCUUACUGAAUUUGCUAGAAAGAUGCCUAUUUUUGAGCCUACUGGAAGGGUACAGUCAGCAGUUUCUUCUGAGGAGAAGCCGCUUGCAGUGAAUUUAGACUUAGCUUUGUAUAGAGCUAAAAUAUUAGGGAGGAAUUACCAGUUUCAAGCUGCUGAGAAAAUACUUCAGAAGUGCAUUGAAAUUUGGCCAGAAGAUGGGAGAUCAUAUGUGGCAUUAGGAAAGAUUUUGAGUAAACAAUCUAAAAUGAAAGAAGCCAGGGCUGUCUAUGAAAAAGGUUGCCAGGCCACACAAGGAGAAAAUCCUUACAUUUGGCAGUGCUGGGCUGUUCUAGAGAACAAGAUGGGCAAUGUUAGGAGGGCAAGAGAACUGUUUGAUGCUUCGACUGUUGCUGACAAGAGGCAUGCUGCAGCUUGGCACGGAUGGGCGGUCUUAGAGCUGAAACAGGGGAACAUUAAGAAGGCUAGGAGUCUUCUUGGAAAAGGUCUGAAAUAUUGUGGUGGAAAUGAAUACAUAUACCAGACACUCGCAUUACUGGAGGCUAAAGCAAAAAGAUAUGAACAAGCGCGCUAUUUAUUCAAGCAAGCGACCAAGUGUAAUCCGAAGAGCUGCGCAAGUUGGCUCGCCUGGGCUCAACUGGAGGCUCAACAGGAGAACAACCACGAAGCUAGGCGGCUUUUUGAGAAAGCUGUCCAGGCCAGUCCCAAGAAUAGGUUUGCAUGGCAUGUCUGGGGAGUCUUUGAAUCAAAUUUGGGAAACAUUGACAAGGGAAGGAAACUCUUGAAGAUUGGACAUGCCGUAAAUCCAAGAGAUCCAGUGCUCCUUCAGUCACUUGCAUUGCUGGAAUACAAAUACUCAAGUCCUUAUCUCGCUAGAACAUUGUUUAGAAAAGCAUCUCAACUUGAUCCGAGGCACCAACCCGUUUGGAUUGCUUGGGGAUGGAUGGAGUGGAAAGAAGGAAACAUAUCGAAAGCUAGAGAGUUGUACCAAAAGGCUCUGUCAAUCAAUUCCACCACCGAAAGUGCUGCUCGGUGCCUUCAGGCUUGGGGUGUUUUGGAGCAAAGACUUGGGAACUUGUCAGCGGCUAGAAGAUUAUUUAGAUCUUCAUUGAACAUAAAUUCUCAGAGCUAUGUGACAUGGAUGACUUGGGCAUCUUUGGAGGAAGAUCAAGGGAAUUCAGAUCGCGCUGAUGAAAUCCGCAAUCUUUACUUCCAGCAGAGAACUGAAGUUGUUGAUGAUGCAUCAUGGGUCAUGGGGUUCUUAGACAUCAUAGAUCCGGCAAUCGACAGCAUCAAGAGACUCCUGAACCUGGAUCAGAGUCCAUACAUCAAGUCGAGGGGGGAUCCAUUCGCCGUGGAAUCCGCAACUGGUUUGCAAGGAGCUGAAGAUGAUGGUCGAAGUUCGUUUGAUCUCGAUAAAUUUGUUCGAGAAAUGUUACGUUUGGAUCCCUCAACACUCGAAGUUCAGAUGGAAACACCAGACAGAACAGAAAAAACUACUACUCCCUAA